UGACGCGUUAAUCGUUUAGCGAUUGUCCGGCACGACAUCGAACGGCCAGAAGAGAGGUUCAAGUGUAAUUACUCCAACCUACCAACGGGCAAGGGAAAUCAAGAAGCGCGUGGCGUGUGUGGUCGUCGUCCGUCGGAGACAUUGAGUGUAUGGUGAAGAAACGAUAUGAUAGUGUAGUUGAAUGCGGCAAAAACCAGACCAGUGUUCCUCGUGCCCUUCAACAUCUCUCUGGCCGAUCAAGGACUGCAUUCGAGUCCUCACUCUUGGUGCACCGGUGAAUGGGCCUUGCGGUUGCAACGUCGGUGACAACGAACGCUCUGCGAUCCAAUGCAGUGGAAGCGAUGGCUCCCGCUCUAACAGAGCCACUAAGCCAGAGCAAACUGUCUUCUUCGGCAGCAUCAGGUGCCUCCCCGCGUACGAGUAGCAGCACGACGACAACCAGCACCAUUGGCACUACGCUUGCCUCAACCGAUGCCGUGACCUCUUACGUCGACACUGACGCAGUCACUGUGCAAUCGAAUCAACAAGCGCCAGCAACGUCCUCCGACAGCGUCCCAGCGCUCGUAACGGAAGGAACGGCAGUCUGCUCCACUGCAGCUGUAACUGGCGGAAAUAGUAGUACCUUCGUUCCGCAGCCAGCAUUAACGGCAGAAACGGUGGCGCCCCUUCCGGUGGCAUCCGGUGCCGAAGAGGCCACGAUCGGCGGCACCACAGUGGAUGACAUACAAAACAACAACAGCAAUGGUGGUUCGGGGGGGCUGAAGAGACUUCCUGAAAAAGACCGCGAUCUGAUCGAGUUGGCGCUAGAGCAAAUCCACCAGGAAGCUUCCACCGGUGGUAUCCCGGAGAUGGGCGUCCAUCCUGUGCCUACCGGCACCGUCCUGGACGGUUUGGAAAAGGCCACCAUCUCUACCGCCGCCCCCACGUCUAUGAACAUGCCAGUAAACAUUCUACAACCUGCUGCAGCCGGUGGUUCCAGUGUACAAACUCCAAUAGACAUGGCAAACACACCCAUCGUGCUGUCGUCCACCACAGGCGAAACGUUCCAGGCGCACUCUAACACGCCACAGCAACUUCAGCAAGCGCCACCUCCACCACCACCACCGCCACCGCCACCUCCAUCACAGCAAGAAUUGUUGCACGUGCCGGCGCAAGACUCAUCGCAGUCGUCGAUCGGGGCUGGUAGUGAGUUGGGUCUCCAGAAGGACUAUCUGAAGGACAGCGCGGAAAUGGACCAGAUGAUUCACGAACUGUCGACCGCGGACAUCGAUCUGCUUCAGGUACUGAAGAGCUUUGAUGGCAGUGGGCUGCUGCUGUUCAGUGAUGUAGAUGUAGCUAACCUUUGCGAUGGUCCGGAUGGUACUAGUGGCCUCGCAGCGGCCUCCCCGAACAAGGAUCGCGAGCGUCUUGAGCUGCACACUGAGAUCGUCAAGCGUCAGUUGCAAAUGCAACGCAAAUACGAUUUCCUGAUGCGUCGGCUGAAUAAACUAGCCGCUCGUUAUAUGGGCCAGCACGUGAGUGAAGAGACCGCGGGGUUGUUCGAGUACGUACAGCGCUACUGGAAGAAGCGCGAGAAAGAACACGCGAAGCAGCAGCUGCAGUUCAACCAUCCCAAUGCGACGACGGCACCGUCAACAUCGAUGACGUCGGCAACCGGUGGUCAACAAUGGCCCGAUAUCAUCCCCUACCAGGCUCCUACAGCAGGGGACCAGCAGCCGGAAAAGCUGAAACCGAUCUCGGCGAACGCGCUCAAGACGUUUACCAAGCGCUUGGAAGGAAUAUCCAACACGAUUUGCUCGACGCAAAGCAAACGCGUCCGGUACAGCCGCUACUUUACCGGCGUGAACAACAUCGCUGGGACAUCGGCGGAGCAGCCAUCUGUUGCUGGUGGAUACGGCAACAUUUCCAACACAAUUCCAUUGUUCGAAAAAGGGGCGAUCGCAGAGCUGGAGCAGACCGCCGGACUGUUGCACGCCGAGCUGCGUCAAGUGCAGACGAACAUUGACUCAGACGCAACACUUAGCAGCUCUGGUGGCGAAUCUGCGGACGAAUCCGUACCGUAUACCAACGCUUCACAAUUACCACUCGCGAUCCCAAAGCGAGCUUUAUGGAAGUGGUCUAAAGAUCGUGCUGCGGUGGCAAGCCGUUGGACGUGGCUACUUUCGCGCGUAGCUGAUCUCGAGUAUCGCAUUCGGCAGCACAACGAGCUGCUGAUGAAGAUCCGCAUCAACAAGGGCCCCAUUACACUGGAAGAUUCUAUUCAAGAGGACACCAAUGCUGGUGGUAACCAGCCGCAGUCGGUCAAUGGGUAUCGUGGGCAGCUUCCAGGCAGCAGCAAACCGCUAACGACUGACAGCGCUGCCAGCAUUACAGACGAUGAGGAAGACGUGAUGAGCUGUUCCCGUUCGCGACCAUACAACCGCGAGAAGUUCCGCAAACGGAAGCUUCUGCAGACAUCGAACCUGCACAUUAUAUCGAAGCGAGCAGCUAGACCAAGUAACAUCAAAUGUGGUUGUCAAUGGCCGCUACAACCGUGUGCGCUGUGUACGGGGAGACCGGAUCCGACAGCACCACGAGAUCCACCUGCUACAAUGCCAUUCGCCGAACGAGUCGCAUUGCUGGAUUCUUCCUAUCACCCUGUGCUCAGUUUCCCUGAAGACACUUCUCACUCUAUACACCUAGAAGCGAUCAUGCGGCUGCCCGAUGUGCAGAAUCGUAUGAUAAGGACGACGCAUACCAGUAGCAGCACCGGCAUGGGCUCGACCAAGCAUGGUACCAGCUCAUCGUACAAACAUCUUUCCACCAGCUCAUCGCGUGCUGGUGGUGCCAACGCUUCCUUCUUCUCAUCCGGUGAUGAAGGCGAUCACUCCGCCCAUGGAAAGCGGUACAUUAGCUCAGAUGGCAAACGGAAGCCUGAGAGCAGCAACAAAUAUAAAUCCAACGAUCGUUCCUUCACCGAUGGAGGCAAUAAAUCGAAGAAAUCGAAAUCGCGGCGUGAUGUGACGCAAAACAAUCGCAAAUCGGGUUACGGCACUCAGGCAAUGGCUGAUGGUAGUGGAUAUAAGCUGAGUGGUUCAAACGGACACUACCAAAAGAAUAGCCAUCAAAGUAAAUCGCGAAAAUCCUCCCAUUCUUACGAUCACCACGGUGAUGGCCUGCAGGAUGGCACUGGUAACGUCAGCCGCAGCAAGAACUCUUCGCCGACGCCAAAUAAUCAGCGUAAUGAAAAGAGGCAUCGUAUUUCUUACGAUAUCGACAAUAUUGUCAUUCCAUACAGUAUGGCGGCUUCAAAUCGAAUAUCGUUACCUCAGUACAAGGACAUAGCGAUACCAAAAUGGCGCAUCGUGGACGACGGGGAAGAUGAUGGUGCACAAGAGCAGACAGAGAUAUCCCAGCUGAAUACAGCGACGAAAGCCGUUAGUCUAGGUGCACUAUCUCCUUCCUCCGCGACGACAACUGCAACAGCAAACGAAAGCUGCAGCAUUGUAUUGAUUGCGGAAUCAGUUGUAACCGAUGUGGCCAGCGGAGUUGAAAAGACGGAAACAAAACCAUCCGCGCAACCACCAAACGGUACGAAAGCCAGCUCCUCGUCCAUCUCCUCUAAGCUUGUUGGCGACAGUUCGGCAUUGAGUGCCAGCGCCGGUAGUAGUAUCGAGAGUCCGCAGCAACAGCUGAUCGUGAUACCGGCGCAGGAUGAAGAGGACAUCUCAGAGGAAGCGAUCCAGCUGAAACACGAACGAGCACUGCAAGAGGAACGCAAAAAGUUCCGAACGUACAUGAAGUUCCCGUGGAGCAGACCGCGAGCGAAUCGACGAACGGAGAGUAGAGCUGGUUCGAGUGGAGCCAAUACCCCUGAUCCACCCUCCCCAGCACCACCCGCCACGAUAGUCGAUCACGACUCAUCACCGACGUGCCCAUCCACUCCUCUCACUCCACAGGAUGGCCAAAUGUUGUCGGAAACUAAUGUGAUCAAUGCUAUUAACAAAAGUCUUCACAAAAAAGAACGUCGCCGGACGGUGUCGUCGAAGCGAGACGAGCAGCAGCAGCAGCAGCAGCAUGGCCAGCAGGCCACUGGUAGCAACACUCCACCAGAUGCGCGUGAGAUUGUAAACCCAUACGAGUCGCUGCAGUUCCCAUUGGCGGACGAGGUGUACGAACAGAUGUUACGCACGAUGCCGAGUGAUCACGUCACAUUAGUUGACGAUGAUUUUCUGAUCGAGAAAUUGCCCCGAUCGCGUCAUCCUAACAACAAUGUACUGCUCGUGCUGAAAUCAAGCAUGGAUUUGGCUCCGGCAAGCCUUGGUAUCGGCGCCAAGAAUCCGUUAAGCAGUAAUGUGUCCUGCUCCUCAACCACUAUGUCGGUUAACGAAACGGAUCUCGAGGAGUUCGAUGACGAGGAUCUGAUGCUAGCCAAGCGUACCGAGAAUCAGCGCAUCAUGGAGCGGCUACUGAAUAGCCGGGACGCGUCACAGCGAUACGAAAUCGUGCCACCGACAGCGAAACCGAUGUUGGAUGAGGAUGAGCAGCUGGACGACGAGGAAACAGAUACCGGGGAAUCGCUGUUCGUGGAAGAGGACGAUCCGAACGAUCCGGAAUGGUACGAUCGACCGCCAGGUCGUGUCGGUGGUAGCGGUGGUGGGGCAAAUACAAGCGGGAGAUCGUAGAGAUCACUUUCUGUGCGCACAGAAGCAAACAUACGUUUAACCAUUGUAUAGUUUUUGUUUUAGCUUAUUUUAUAUGUACUACUAUCCCAUGGAACGCGCCUGAAGCGCGCAUAACGUUAGGAAAACGUCUCUGGGAUGUUAUGGCAAAUUCAGGAGAGGUUCGAUCUUAAACAUGGAAUCAUAACCAGAA